GCCGCUUCUCUCAUGCUGGAUCGGGAGCUGUCCAUGCUGCGGUUGAGCGAGAAUGAACCUGUGCAGCCCGUUCUGGACAAGAUGAGGGAACUCUACGCGAAAUUGGCGAUUGCGGGCAUCACGUACCCUGAGCAGACUAAGUGUCUCAAGAUGCUCAGCCUGCUGCCCGAGUCUUGGCUGCAAUUUAUAAGCGGACUCAGCUUGCCACAAAACCAAAGUCAAUGGACAUUGGAGUGGAUUCGCACCAAGAUUCUGGAAGAAGAUUUUCGUCGCUACACACUGCGCGGAGGUGAUGACAGCACCAGCGGCUAUGCCAUGCAAGGGACAUGGAGGGAUCGAGGGCGUGGCAAUCGCGGUCGCUCUUACUACAGCCAAGGUGGUCGCGGGACUUGGAACCAGCGGGGGCGUGGUGGCGCUGGUGCAAGAGGAAGAGGUGGUCACUCCAACAAUGACAACAGUGAACAACGCUUGAGGGGAGAGUGCUGGUAUUGCAAGGAAGAAGGGCAUCCAUGGUUUCGCUGCUCUACCAAGCCCGACUGGUGGACCCCUUGGAACCAAUCGCAAAAGGGGAAUGGAGGAAAGCAACCACGUGGAGGUGCCAACAUGGUAGCUGAUCCUGCUGAAGAAACCUCCAAGGAUGACAGAGGAAUGGGAAAUGAGGAGAGGAAUGCUGGACAGUUCUACCAUGUGUGUGACAAAGAUGACAGUGGCACAGCUGUUGCAAGGGCUGGAGAGGAAUUGCACCCGCUUGACAUGUGGGUCAUGGACUCUGGUGCUGCAUGGACAAUGAUACCACGCAAGGAUUUGCUGGAUGCUGUGCGAGCGCCUCCAAUCUCUGAAGUGCGCUCAGCAUCCGGACAUGCAGUGAAGGUCGCUGGAGCUGGUCGAGCUGCAUUCAGAGCACCUGAUGGUGGACUGGUUGUGCUGAAGAAUGUGUUACUCGUACCGGGGCUGAAGGCCAAUCUGAUAUCCCUGUCCUCGCGCUUCCUUGCUUCCCAAAUCCCCGCUUCCCGCUUUUGAAAGCACGUCCGCAUCUCACCUUCACGUGC